AUGCCGACUCAGUCCAACCCGCGCACGUGGACUCUCCGCUUCAAAUCCCACCGCACCACCAUCCUGCUACACAUCGAUCCCAUCCAGACCUUCCCGUCCGUGAAGCGCGAUCUCCUCGAAGCGCUUACGCAGACCAACCCCAGCGGAACCUUCAACGGCCACCAAAUCCCACAAAACUCUGAGGCAAUUGUGCUCGGUAAACCUGUGGACAUCAACGACCUCACUCGCGGAUGGGAGACGAUCCAGACCUCCGGCAGCGGCGACAGUGAGAGCAGCGGGAAAGGUAAGGGCAAGGCUGGUUCAGCAACCCCUGCGAAGGCAUCAGGGAAGAAUCAGGUGCAGGAUUGUCCGCAGGGCGCAGGUUUGCGUGACGGAGGCAUUGUGGCAUUUAAAUUCCGCGGGCAGGAUGAGAGUGAGAGAGCAGACCGGACGCAAGGCGAGGAUGAGGACGAGAUUGUAGUCGCCAAAGAAGAUCAGAUCAACAAGGAGGGAGAGCAGUGGGAUGUCGUCGUCCCGACGCUAGAGGAGACGUAUGGCGAUCAGGUGGCGGAAAUGAUGGAGGACGAGGACGAGGGCAUUGAGGCCGAUGCGCCGAAUGGUUCGAAUGCGGGAUAG